AUGGCUGAUACACCGGUGUCUUCGGCCCUGCUAUCACGGCAAGAGUCGUCUCCACCGGACCCAUACAAAAUGCACGACCCGUGGGCUGGGAUAGGCGCAACCUUCGGCGAUAGCGUCCCGGCAGCGCCGGCUGUCGAAACCGUGGAGGGAAUGUGGGCGGAGGCAGAGUCAGACCCUUGGAAGACCUUCUACGAAGAAGAACAGUCAGCUUCGUCUACCGACGCUGAUAAUGACGAACUUUGCGCGGAAUAUUCACCAAAGCGGAGGUUAGAACAAACGAAGGCUGUUCAGGGUGCCCUGCAGUCGGAGUUCAGCGGCGUGGGCCAGGUCGCGGCUGCAGCUGAGUUAUUUGGUGCUGAGGACGCCACACCGCAGACGCCUCAUAAUAGUUAUAGCAGAAGCUUCUCGGAAUCGCCGCUGCGAAAGCGAUCUCUUGAUGUGUGUGAUAGGCAGCGAAUGAUCGCUGCAAUAGGUCCAGCACCGCCGCUCAUCGUCACCGAAGAAGCGCCAAAUGCCGGGCCCAUACCACCUAACGUUCGGCCCGACCACGUACCUUUGCGGAAGCUGUCGUUUGGCAAAGACUCUGGCGGUCCAACAACUGUCGGGGGAACGACAAAUCACGUUGCCUCAAACGUGCACACCAUUCUUAAAACCGAUACCCUGGCUGGCAUUGCAAUACAAUAUGACAUUACAGUAACCGCUCUCAAGAAAGCAAAUCGACUCUGGCACGAAGAUGAGAUCCGCUUUCGGGAACACGUCGUUAUCCCGUCGCUCACUGGUUCGUCAUCGCCAUUAAAACCUAUCCAAUUGUCCCCCAGUAGAAGCGCGAAAACUGCGCAUCAAAAACUGCGGACGGUGGCGGAAAACCAACCGGCCGAGAGCACCGAGGACCUGCUGAAACAGAUUGAUGCGGACCUGGUAUCAGCGCUGAAUGACCUGGGCCACGAGCACCCUUGGCGGGUUGGGGAGAAACACGUAGAUAGAGUAGGGAGGGUACAUACUUUGGGGGACUGGGACUCGGUGUUGGACGCAUCAGCUGCGGAUUUGAGACGAGGUGUGAGAAACAGUGGCGGAAAGGCAAAGGAAGUUCGGCGGGGCCAGAUGGGAAGCCUGGAGAAAGUGCUGGUUGGCGAGAGAAGAUAUCAUCAAGCUCACGUGCCUUCGCCGACGACGGGCAGUGGCGGCGGGUCGUUGGGGAAGCUGAAUGACUGGGUUUCUCAGAAACUCAACUCAAUAAUCCCUACCGGCAAAGAAGAGUACGCCUACCUCAGCCCGACCGAUCCAGAUUCCGGAUUCUCGUCUAGCAUCGGAACUCCGACAACCGUCAGGUCGAGAACCGCCACUCGAACGUCGUAUUUUGAUUAG